GUGACUUAAAAAUGCAGAAUUUCUAUAAAUUGAUCUCUUCCAUUCUAGUCAUAACUUUUGUGUGCUGUGCAUCAUCAUCAAGAGUUUUGGAAUUAGGUGAUAGGUUCUUAGAUGUAAGGAGUGAAGGUAUGUGGUUUGUUAAGUUCUACGCUCCAUAUUGUGGUUUCUGUAAGAAAUUAGAACCAGUUUGGAAUUUAGUAGCUCAGACUUUAUACAACACAAACAUCCGAGUCGGAAAAGUCGAUUGUACAAGAUUCAAGUCUGUGUGUCAGUCAUUUGAUGUUCAAGGAUAUCCAACGGUGAUUUUCGUUCGUGGCCACAAUGAAUAUGUAUUUAAUGGCGAACGAUCGAAGGACGAGUUGGUGCAUUUUGCAAUGAGAAUGAGUGGACCUCCUGUUCAGCAGGUGACCAGAACAGAAAGUUUCGAGAUCCUUAAAGCCAACAAUCCAAUAUUCUUUGUAUACAUUGGAAAACAACAAGGAGCUUUAUGGGAGUUCUACUACAUUGCAUCAGAAGCUAAUCAACAAUUUGCAUACUUUUAUGCAACAAACAAUGAAAUUGGCAGUAAACAUUUCAUGAUUGAUUCCCAUCCAGUUGUGCUGGUCUACAAGGAGAACACUCAUUACAUUUUUCCAUUAUCUGAUGCAUAUGAUGUUGUUGAGCCAACAGCUUUGAAUGACAGCAUGCAUAACUGGAUAAUUCAGGAAAAAUUCGCAACAUUCCCAAGAGUUACGCGUGAAAAUUUACAUCAAUUAAGGCAGACGAAGAAAUUUUUGGUCAUUGCCGUAGUUGAAGAAAAUAAACUUAGUGAAUUAGAGACACACGAGCAGGAGUUCCGAGACAUGGUCGAGCAAAUAAUUCGAACAAAACGCUCAAAAUAUCACGCAAAUUUCCAAUUCGGAUGGACAGGAACGCCAGAUUUGGCUCACACAAUAGCUAUGGAACAUCUUCCAACACCUCAUUUACUCGUCCUUAAUUCCACAACUAAUCAUCAUCAUGUCCCAGACGAUGAUCCAAUGGCCAUGACAUCUGAAGCUAUUGAAAUGUUUUUGGACUCGAUUAAUAAUCAAACAGCAACAGUUUAUGGCGGUGAUCAUUACAGUGUCCGACUUUAUCGAGCUUUCUUUGAAACGCGACGACUUUUGGCUGAAAUGUGGCGCGGAAAUCCAAUUUUAUGUUUUGUGCUGUUUGUGGUGCCAUUUGGAUUUUUUAUGAUUAUUUUGUAUUCGAUAUUUUGUGCUGACAUUAUGGAUGCUGAGGAUGCAGAUGAUGAUCAUGAGAAGAAGGAGUAAGGUUGCGGAUUUAUUGGGAUUAUUGGUGAUGUUGUGGUUAGUUUGUGUCUAUGGAAGGUUUUUAUUUGAUAAAUUUUUCGUAGCGAUUUUCCUGAAAAAAUUUGAAAAAUU